AUGGAUUCAUUUGAGUGGCUUAAUGGGUUCAAAGUUGGAUUUGGGUUACACCAUGUUGACUUCCAGAACCCAAACCGCCCGAGAACUCCUAAGUACUCUGCCCACUAUUACUACCAAGUCAUAAAGAACAAUGGUUUUCCUACACCAGAGGACGAAAAGCCACUUUAUGGACAUUUCUGCAAAGACGUUAUCUGGAGUAUUGCAACAGCGUCAUGUCAGAUCGAAGGAGGUUGGAGAGCAGACGGAAAAGGUCUCAGCAUAUGGGACAAGUUUGCUCACACUCCCCUCCGAGUGUUCAACGAUGAUAAUGGGGACAUUGCUCGCGACAGUUACCACAAGAUAGACAAGGAUGUUUCCAUGUUGAAGCAACUUAAGGUGACCCAUUAUCGUUCCAUAUCAUGGCCAAGGAUUCUUCCUGAUGGCACCACCAGACACAUAAAUGAAGCAGGACUAAACUACUACAUUAGACUGGUAGAUGCCCUGCUUGAUGCAAACAUCCAACCUCAUAUCACUCUCUACCACUGGGAUCUUCCGCAAGCUCUGCAAGACUUGGGAGGAUGGGAGAAUGAAACAAUUAUCGUUAAAUUCAGGGAUUAUGCUAACCUAAUUUUUAACCGACUGGGUCACAAAGUGAAAUUUUGGUUUACCAUAAAUGAGCCUUACAAUAUCGCAAAUAUUGGCCAUGGCUAUGGAGCUGCUGCACCAGGGAUCAGUUUUAGACCGGGCACUUUGCCUUACAUUGUGGGCCAUAACUUGAUAAAAGCUCACGCUGAGGCCUGGCACCUUUACAAUGACAAGUUCCGGUCCAGACAGGGAGGAAUCAUCUCCAUCACCAUCAACUCGGACUGGUCAGAGCCGAGAAACCCAUAUAAGCAGGAGUAUAUUGAUGCUGCCAGACGAGUGGUGCAGUUGUACAUCGGAUGGUUUGCCCAUCCCAUAUUUAACGGAGACUACAGCGAUAUAAUGAAGACGAUCAUUCGCAGGCGAAGUUUAGCGGCUGGUCUACCAAAAUCUUGGUUGCCGGAAUUUACCUCAGAGGAGAUUGAAAGAAUCAAGGGAACUUAUGAUUAUUUUGGUUUCAACCAUUACACUACAGUCCUGGCCUUCCCUGAGGGUUACGGAAACCUUCAGCAUUAUGAUGCUGACAGAGGCGCAGGAACGAUUGCCGAUCGCACUUAUCUAGAUUCAGGGUCAUCCUGGCUAAAGGUCUCCCCGUUUGGAUUCCGAAGAAUAUUAAAGUUCAUUAAGGAGGAAUAUUGAAAUCCACUUGUCAUUAUCACUGAGAAUGGCAUCUCAGAGCGUGGGCCUGUAGACCUGAAUGACGUCCACAGGAGCUACUAUUAUGAGAAAUACAUCAACCAGGUGUUGAAAGCUUACUUGUUGGACGGCGUGAACGUUAGAGGUUACACGGCUUGGUCGUUGAAGGACAACCUGGAGUGGGCCACCGGCUUUUCAGAAAGGUUUGGCUUUUUCUACGUCAAUCGCUCCGACCCCAAACUUCCUCGAUUGGCCAAGACCUCCAUUGUCUCCUAUGCAACCAUCAUCACCUGCAAUGGAUUCCCGGACCCUGUUUGUGGGCCAUCUCAUGCACAAGAUUCUCCUCCAACAGCUCCUCCAUCCUCUUACGCCACGGCGGCAGCAUGCGGGUGGCCAGAAGAAGAGUGGGGGGUGCGCCUGCUGCCGCUGCUGGCAGGGGAGGCGCAGCGGGCAGCGCUUAGCCUACCGGCGGCCUCCCGUGUGCACUUCCCGGACUCCCGUGUGCACUUCCCGGACCUGAGGAGGGCGGUGCUGGACCGGACCGGCUGCACCGCUGAGGACCGGACCGCAGACAGAGCGCGAACCAGAGACGGCACCUCGAACACCUGGGCAGGCAUGCUGGAGGUGCGGGCAGCCCGGUCACUCAUGGAGGUGGGACAGGUGAUCCGGGUUGUCGGCCCUCCAGCGCCCUCCCCCGGCCCGGGAGAGACAUAUUGCGUCCCGGGCUGUCUCGCUCGCGGCCUCCUGCUCGCUCGUUUGUGCUCUCUCUUCCCUCUCAUGGCCUCGGCCCCUGCUGAUAAAGGAGACAGGUGA